AUGGCUUCAACUUGGCAGAAAAUUCAGGAAUUCUACAACUGGGUUCUUGAAAGUGGAGAUCCAAGGACAGACCCAUGGCCCCUGGUCCACUCUCCACUUCCAGUCACGCUUCUCUUUGCCUCCUACCUCUUUGUUGUGGCACUGGGGCCCUUCUACAUGCGUAAGCGGAAGCCGCUGAAGCUGCGAAGCCUGCUGAUUACCUACAAUAUAGCCAUGAUGAUAUUAUCAAGCUACAUGUUUUAUGAGUUUCUGGUAACAUCAGUCUUGGCCAACUACAGCUACCUGUGCCAGCCAGUGGAUUACAGCCGAAGUGAACUAGGAAUGAGGAUGGCAAGAGUGUGUUGGUGGUUCUUCUUCUCCAAAGUCAUCGAGCUGCUUGAUACG